UUGAAAACACCAACAUGGCAGUAGUCUUUGAUCCUGAAAAUCCUUUAAACUGCCCGAUCUGUCUGAAUCAGUUUAAGGAUCCAGUGACGACUUCUUGUGGUCACAGUUUCUGUAUGAACUGUAUUAAUACGAGCUGGGAUCAGGAUUUUUAUCGAGGCGUUUACAGCUGUCCUAAAUGCAGGACAAAAUUCAACCAGAGACCAGCUCUCAGCAGAAACACUGUACUGGCUGAUAUGUGCUGCAUGUUAGAGGGAAUGAAGCUGGAAACUCCAGCUAGACCUGGAGAUGUGAAGUGUGAUGUAUGCACAGGAAGAAAAGGAAAAGCCAUCAGGUCUUGUUUGGUUUGUAUGGCGUCUUACUGCCAAACUCACCUCCAUCCUCAUCUGGAGUCUGAAGCUUUUAAAAAGCACAAGCUGGUUAAAGCUUCUCCAAAUCUCCAGCAGCAGAUCUGCCCUCAACAUCAUAAAGCUCUGGAGGUUUACUGCUAUAAUGACCAGAAGUGUGUUUGUGUGGUUUGUAUGGGGAAUGAACACAGUGGACAUAAAACAGUCUCCGCUGCAGAUGAAAUGGCAAAAAAACAGGAGGAACUGAAAAUAAAACGGAGGGAUUUCUUACAGCUCAUAAAUGACAGAGACAAGGUGGUUCAGCAGUCUAAGAAAAAUUUGGACCUUUUUAAGCGCUCUGCACAGGCAGCAGUGGAGCACAGCGACAAGAUCUUCAGUGAGAUCAUCUGCUCCAUUCAGAAGAGACAAGCUGAGGUGAGAGAGAACAUCAGAGCUCAGAAGAAUGAGGAGGUACAAGAUGCAGAGUAUCACAUACAGACACUGGAGAAGGAGAUCUGUGAACUACAGGAGGAGAACCGUAAACUGGAGCCGCUUUUACAGACAGAGGAUCACGUUUACUUCUUCCAGAAUUACUCUUCCUGUUCUGCACUCUAUCAGUGCACAGCCUCACCCAAGGAGAUUAAUAACAUCCUGGCGUUUGACAAUGUAAAGGAAUCUGUAUCCGUUCUGAAGAACCAACUGGACAAACUCUGUGGAGAGCAAAUAGGCAGAAUAUUAAAGACAGUUGCUGAUGUCCAAAUAUUCAAAAAGAGCAGUGAGUACGGAUUUCCAGAGCAGUACAAGAUCUCGCAGACUGAUUUGUACUCGGAUGUGAGAUAUUCUGACGAGGAUUCGAUUCCGUUGGUCCCGGGUAGCCUCAGCGACUAUCAAGCUUCACCAUCUCCCGCCUCAGUGACCUCCUUCUCCCGGCCAGUAUCCGCACUUUCAUCUGUGUCUCCGAUGGAAUUGGACAUUCCUUUCAGUCAGGCAUGUGCAGAAGGCGGCUCGAGCCGCUGCCCGUUUUUGAAAUGAAUCAAAAUUGCCCCUCUCAGACAAAUAGCAAUUAUAAUAUUGUGGUCAGUAAAACAAAAUGCAUUAAAAUUAUAAUUAUAAUGACAAUGUGUACAAUAGUAACGAAGCGCUCAAAAAAUUGAAAAUUCCUUUUUAUUUUUACAUAUCCGUCAGUCUGAAGCGUUGCUAUGGGUUCUGUGAGUUUUGAUUGGCUGUCUGAUUUUCCAGUCUGUUCGAAACCUGGGCUGCGUUCAGCCCCGACAAAACGUUGCAAAAUGUUUUUUAAAUGGAAACGGUGGUGCGUUGAAGCGUUGAAGUCCCUUUAAGACAAGUCAUUUCACUCGGCGGCCAUCUUUGAAAUG